UUUUUCUUCCUGCCCUGGAGACCAAGAAGGCCUUCACUACCUUCUCCCCAGGCAGUGCCUUCCUCCUGGUCCAUGGGGGCAGUUGUGGCCAAAUUGCUCCUGCCUACCCUCAGCAGCCUGGCCUUCCUGCCCACAGUGAGCAUCGCUGCCAAGAGGCAGUUUUACAUGGAGGCCAUGGUCUACCUCUUCACCAUGUUCUUUGUGGCGUUCUCCCAUGCCUGCGAUGGGCCUGGCUUGUCCAUGCUGUGUUUCAUGCGCCGUGACAUCCUGGAGUACUUCAGCAUCUAUGGGACGGCCCUGAGCAUGUGGGUCUCUCUAAUGGCACUGGCCGAUUUUGAUGAACCCCAGAGGUCAACCUUCACGAUGCUCGGUGUGCUUACCAUCGCGGUUCGGACUUUCCAUGACCGCUGGGGCUAUGGGGUGUACUCGGGCCCCAUAGGCACAGCCAUCCUCAUCAUUGCUAUGAAGUGGCUGAAGAAGAUGAAGGAGAAGAAGGGCCUGUACCCUGACAAGAGCAUCUACACUCAGCAGAUAGGCCCCGGCCUCUGUUUUGGGGCACUGGCCCUGAUGCUUCGCUUCUUCUUUGAGGAAUGGGAUUACACCUAUGUCCACAGCUUCUACCACUGUGCCCUGGCCAUGUCCUUCGUCCUGCUGCUGCCCAAGGUCAACAAGAAGGCUGGGAACUCGGGGCCCCCCGCCAAGCUGACCUUCUCCACCCUCUGCUGCGCCUGCGUCUGACCACAGCCCCGUUCUAGGCCCCUGCCCUCCUGUCUGGCGGCCCCACCAUCUCUCCCAAGAUACCUUCUCUGCUUCCCCAAGUGGUGUGUCAGUGAGAAAUGGUCUCUUCUGCACCCCAAGAGACCAGCAGACCUGCUACACUCUGCUAAACGAUGCUUAGGGACCCACUAGCUUCACGUUCACCAGUUGCAGAAGGAAAAAAAAAAGAAUUUUCUCCUCUAAGACUUCAUAACCAUAGGUGUGCCUGGCAGAGCUCUAGACCAGAAGAUACUGGCCACAAGUCCCAGCCCAGCAGUGUGCACAACAGGGGUGAUCUAGUUCCUAAGUCCUGCCUGCCUGGAUUGUCUGCUUUCUCUAGAAAACUGGUAUUGCCACUUCUGCCCCCUGCCCAGGCUCUGAAAGUCCCCCUCCCCCAUUUAGGAAGCUGGAGCCAGUGAAACCAGCUUUGGCCUGGACCCAAGCUUGCAUGCCCCUGUCUGGGCCCCAUCCCUUUAGCCAGGUCUUAGAUCAAGCCAUUCAGAGUAAACUCCU